AUGAAGUUCCUCACCGGCCUCUCCUGCUUCGCUGCUGUUGCCAGCGCCGUUGUCGUCGAUCUCAACAAGCGCGACAGCCCCCUCGAUGUCAAGAUCGAGUCCACUGGCAACACCGCCAUCAAGGCAAGCAUCACCAACACCGGUGCCUCUGACCUCAAGGUCCUGAAGGCUGGUUCCAUUCUCGACAAGCUCGCUAUCGAGAAGGCUGAGGUCUUUGCUGGCUCCGACAAGGUCGAGUUCGACGGUAUCCGCCUUCGUCUCGGCACCAACGGCCUUCCCGAGGAUGCCUUCCAGGUCAUCUCCGCCGGCGAGACCGUCUCUGUCGAGUGGAACUACGGUGAAGUCCACGACCUCAGCGUCGGUGGCAAGGUUGAUGUCGCCGCCAAGGGCGCUCUCUCCAUCGCCGAGGUCGGCAGCAACGACAUCACCAGCACCGCCCCCUUCAGCUCAAACGUCCUGAGCGUCGAGGUUGACGGCGCCGCCGCCUCCAAGGUCCGCCGCGACUUCCGCGAGAACGUCAAGCGCACCGUCGUCCAGUCCGACUGCACCGGCACCCAGCGCACCGCUACCACCACCGCUCUCUCCAACUGCCGUGCCCUCGCUGCCGCUGCUUCCUCCGCCGCCUCCACUGGCGCCGCUGCCAAGAUGGUCGAGUACUUCAAGUCCUCUUCCACCGCUACCCGUACUACCGUCGCUGGCGUCUUUGCCAAGGUCGCCACCGAGUGCGGCAGCACCACCUCUGGUGUCUCCAAGCAGUACUGCACCGAUAUCUACCCUGCUUGCUCUUCCGGUGUCAUCGCCUACACUCUUCCCUCCGCUUCCUACAUGGUCAACUGCCCCUACUUCUUCAACAGCCUUACCGCUCUCUCCAGCACCUGCCACGCUCAGGACCGUGCCACCACUGCCCUCCACGAGGUCACCCACUUGACCCAGAUCAAGGGCACCACCGACCAGAGCUCCUGCUACGGUUACAGCUGUGUCCAGAGCUUGACCGCUGCCCAGAACCUGAACCACGCCGACACCUACGCCCUCUUCGCCAACGCCAUCUACGUCGGCUGCUAA